CUACAACCUCACUACCACAACCUGCAUUUACUGCUGCUGCUACUACUUCUUCUACUCCUGCUACUGCAACACCGACACCAACUACAAGUGAGCCACUCUCAAGUGUUGAUCGGGUGACCCGUGUGCUCCAAAAGCUAGCAUCAGAUGUCCUGGAGUUUGGUGAAGCUAUGUCUGAAAUUGGAAAGCAGGGCGCACCUAUUGAAGUCAUGAAGAAAGCGUUCUCAGGGAUAUCAAACAUGCUAGGUGCUGCAAGCGCAAUUGAAUCAACUUCCAUUCCAACUGAAUCUCAGUUGGAUGACAUAUUCUUUGGGAGUGAAACUUUCACCGCUGCAGUGGAUUCAUUGGUGGAAGCAUUUCAGAAGACAACAAGAACCAUGGAAUUUGAAGCUCCAUCAUUUGAUUUGGGAAUACACUGCAAUGAAUCGCAACCGCAGCCAUGUGAGCAACACACAGAGCAAGUAGUUGAAGAGGACCUACCAUUGGAUGCUUUGGUUCAACAAAUUGGAGAGGAUGCAGGACUGUCAACGACCUUGGAAGCACAAGUAACUCCUCCACUUGUUAGGGUCCCAUUUCAGAGAUAUGUUCGUCAUGCCGCUGCUACUGAUGCUGAUGUUGAUGACUUUGAUUGUGCCAUGCAAGAAAGUGAGUCUGAUGUUGAUGACGUGACUGUUAGGAUGAGACCCCAGCGACGAUUCAGGAACAAACCUCUUUGUUUGAGGUCACCAUACUGGACACAGAAUGCAGGUUUUAUACGCACUACAACUCCACGGGAAAAAAUCAUUUCAAACUAUGCAUUCUUGAGUGUGUCUACCGAACACCCAGAAGAUGAGUUGCUGUUCAGCUAUGGUGACUACUACCUAACAAGGCGUCACUUCUCAACUUUGAGCAAUGGUGAGUUGGAUAUAGACUUCUUGAAUGUUUGGUCUUUGCGGCUAACUUUGAAGAACACAGAACGUGCUGUUGGGAUACCAAAACGCGUAUUCUUCACCACACUGCCACAUCUGCAGCUUGAUCCAUCUGAUGAUUGGAUGAAAAGUCUCCCAGCUGAGAAAAGGAUGGAAAAUUUCAAUGAUAGAUUGAAUUAUGAAAUAUCAAGUUUUGGAAACCUGGAAAUCAGUGAUGCAGACCUUAUAUUUUUCCCAGUGCAUCGCCAUGCACACUACUUUGUUGUGUGCAUAAAUGUCAAGGAAUCCAAGGUUCAGGUGAUAGACAACAAGGAAUUGCCUGCUGGUGUUUCAGAGCUUGAUAAAUAUGGAGACUGUCCAUACAAACUGAUUGAAGCAUUCAAGGCGUACCUGGAAGCAGGACAAUCCACCUUGACUCACAAACUGAACAGCAUGCCAGUAGAGUUCCUUGCCAUGCACUGGAAAAAUGCAGAGAAUGUCACCGACUGUGGCAUAUAUGUAAUGCGGCAUAUGGAGAGUUACAUGGGUGGAGCUCUCGAGAACUGGGAUCCUGGGUUCAAGAAACAUAUGCGCACGAAUGCUAGCUUCAUUCUUGAGUUGAGGGCAAAGUAUGCUGCUUGUAUCAUCAUGUCAAAGCUGAACAGCGUCAAAGGCGAGGUCAAGAAAGCUGCAAAGAUUGAAGACAAGAAGAAGUAA